AUGACGGCUGAGGACAGCAUACAGGAUGUGUGUAUCGACAAACCUCGGUGCAGGCUCUGCCAGUUCCUCGUCCAAGACGGCGAAAUAGUGGUCGCAGCUCUUGACGAUGACCAUGCAACUAGCCCAUUCCAAUUUCGGCGUCACACUACUCACGAAGAUGAGACCGGGACUUAUUUCCACAUGUGCUGCGACAGUCGUUGCAUGAGUAAAAGUCGCCGGGUUCCAUGUUUUCACCGCGACUGUUAUUCCGUCAAGCUGUUGCCCAUAUCCUCAAACUUCCUCGCUGCCACAGAUUAUGCGUUUAGCCCACCAAUCCGCUUCGAACCUGAACGGCAGCAACGCAUCAUACGGACCCUGGCGAGGAACCUGGGUCUUGGUUUCUUACGUCAGUUGCCACGGGAGCUCUGCUACAUUGUCGCAGGAUAUCUUUACCGGCAAUGGGCCGCCAUCGCCUGCCAAGACGUCGCGCGACACCUCUAUCCGUCCAAUUCCAUGAUCAAUCUUACCCAGGAUGUUUACGCGACAUAUGUGACCAUUGAGGGUAUCUCGUACCUCCAAUCCUUACAGAACUCGCCUCUGGGGAAUGAUGCCAAGGGCCAUCGAAUUCUGGAUGCGCCGCAAGGCCAUACAAUUCGGGUAAUCUAUGUGGCAUAUGACCACGUUGGAAUCAGGAAUAUUUAUUUUGAAUUGCCCAGGCGGGAUGACCGUUGCAACUCGUCUUUGGAUUGCUGCGGACUAUGGUGGAAGCAGCUAACCAGAGAUUUUGGCCUCGUGCGAAUAGUCGCACAGUCUGACGGCUUGAAAAUCAGACGACUCCUAGAUUCUACAGAUCCCCCUGUCUCAAGAAGCGGCUCGCUCCUUGAUCAGGCGUGGCCUACACCAGGUCUAUCCUGUCGACUAAUAGAUCUGGACACGUGUGGCUCUGCUGAGGGACUACCAGAUAACUUGAGGAUGAGCUUUGUUGAUUGCAACACACCUGGGACAAACGGCUAUUCUGCCGCCAUCUCUGGAUUCCACAUUUUGAAGAUGUAUGCGCACGGCUUAGACACCACAACACAGUUCGAUCUCGACUUGGACUAUGAUGCAAGCGCCGUGUUGUGGAUGUAUAUGCCUAUCGACGCGGACGAAUACCUGGUACAGGUUUGGGCAGUCAAGCAUGCUGAGUCUGGCUUUCUAGGUUUUAUGCUUUAUUCAAGCCAGGGAAGAGCAGUCAUGUUCGGGAGUUACAACGUACAUCCUGGCCUCCGACUUCAGUUCCACCUCAUUUACAGAACAACGAGGAGCCCGUCGCGGAUAUACAUCAACGAUUGGGACCCGCUCUGCGACGAUAAAAGGAUCAAGUACUUGGGGAUCGAAAGCGCGAACGAUGAAGACAGUGUACCCGAGAAUAUUGACCCGCGUUAUCGGGAAACCUAUCCGCCGUCAAUAAGACCAUCGUCAUCGCCGCCUUACACCCAAUACAAUGAACUUUGGUACUAUACGAACUGUCGAUUGGAGAAUGUCGUGGGAAUUGCUUGCUGCAUUGACAAAGGUGUCUCACACAAGCCAAUCAUGGGCAUACUGAUUCAUUACGGCGACGGUCGUCGAGCCUGCGUAGGGCAGUAUCGCUUCGACUGGGCCCUUGAUCUCUUGGCAGUAGACACGUCAAGGACACUGCGUAUUGGCUUGGGCAAAACACGGAAAAACUUGCCGUACGCGGCCAGCCUUCGCUUCCAUGAGGAAGCAGCGCCUACUUGCAACACGGCGUCUUGGAUUGAUUUGCCCUGGCAUGGUAAGCUUGAAUGGUGGUUUUCACUGCGCCAAUGUAAAUUGUGCCACUCUGACUAG